UUAACGGAGACUUUCCUCUAUUUCUUAUAUUAUUGUUACUCUGAGUGCUUUAAAAAUAUUUCAUAUAAUUUAUACUAAAGAAACGCAAAACUUGUAUACUAAAUGAAAAAGUUAUUACUUAUAAUUAUUACAAAUGCCGACACAGUGUUUUAUAAAUUAUUAUAAUAUUUAAACAAUAAAUUGAAAAUAUAAUACUUUAUAAUCGUAGAAGCAUAUUCCUGAUAAUGUUACUGAUAAAUUCAAAUACGUCUACCAAAAUUGAAGUAUAUUAACGAUUUAUUUGAUUUAAUUUUUGGAGGAAAUUUACACAUUUAACGAUUAUUCAGUUAAUGUUGUUUUGAUUGCUACUAUGGAUCUUAUAAUACUGUUGGUGAUAUUUUCUGCUUCAGUUAUCGUUGGAUUGUUUGGUUUUAUGUUUCACUAUAAAUUUUAUAAAAUUGAAUCUCAAAAAACUACCACAGAUGAAAUACCAGUAAGACAAAGAGUAGGAUUUCAACGUCAAAAUCAUAAUACAGUUCGGCGCAAUGCUAGGAAUAUAAUUGAACCCAGAAAUGAAAAUAUUGAAGAAGAUAAUGAUGAAAUUCCAAUAACUCCAGUUAUUACAGAUCCUAAGCUAGGUGCAAAAAAACGAGCUAAAUUAGAAGCUAAAGCUGAGAAAAAAAUAAAACGUGAAGCAGAUUUACAAGAACGGGAAGAACGUAAAAAAAAGCAAGAAUUAGAAGAAGCUGAAAGAAAAGCUCGUGAAGAUCAUGAACUAAGACAGGAACAGGAACGUUUAGCCUUGGAAAAAAGAUUAGCAGAAGAAAAAGCUAGAAAAGAGCAUCAAGAAUAUUUAAAAUUAAAAGAAAAUUUUGGAAUUGAAGAAGAAGGCUAUGAAGAAACAUUAGAAGAUGAAGGGGCCACAUUAACACAGUUUAUGAAUUAUAUAAAGGAAAACAAAGUGGUUGUACUUGAUGAAUUAGCAUUACAGUUCAAACUAAAAACACAAAUGGCUAUUGAUAGAAUACAAAGUUUAUUAGAUGAUGGUUUAUUAACAGGUGUAAUUGAUGAUAGAGGGAAAUUUAUUUUUAUAUCACAAUCUGAACUGGAUGCUGUAGCUUCAUUUAUAAAAAAACGCGGAAGAGUUUCAUUGACUGAAUUAGCAGAACACAGCAACAACUUAAUUGUCUUAGAUAAACCAAUUAGGGUUGAAUAAAUAUAAAAUAAUAUGUAUAAUCAUUUUGUUAACAUCUGUGUAUAUUGCUUUUAAUAUCAAAUUUACAAAAUAUAAUUUAUAUAUCGUCAUUAUCA